UUGCUGCUUCCGAGCUUUUCUCCAAAUUGGAACUUCCGGAUCGCGUGUUAAUCGUCGGACCGAAUAUCUUAUCAAAUGCAAAAAGUCUGGGUCUGGAAGAAAACAAACGUGUGAUGCGCAUUUUAGAACACAGAAAAAUCUCUCAUGCAUAGGUAGCAAAAGCUGCCUGCUUUCUGUCACCAAAAUGGGGGACUUGUCAUGCGGAUUCGGCAUUGCGGAAGCUUCUCGAAACCUGUGAUGCUAAAGCUUCCAUGCCAGACCUUUUGUGUCAUGCAAAAACAGCAUACUCUUCCAGACCCAGACAUUUUUACAUUUGAUACAUCUACGACCACGUGGUGUUUGCCGAGGCGUGCAAGCGCAAGGGCCUCGUGUACACCUGUCUGCCCGAAACCAUAUCCGCCGAGAUCGCCAUCGACCGCAUGAAGCAACUGGACGUGGCCGCGGUCGUCAUCCUGUUCCCUUCAACAAACGCGGAGCUGCACCCGGUGGGUGGGUGCUUCAUGCCCAGCACACAACCCUUGCUCGCCGAAAUCGACACAGAUGAGGCGGAGGCGAAGGUGAUCGUGCAAAGAACAGAGGAGUACAACGCCGCAGAGGACACUAGCUCUUGGGUUCCUGCAACAGACGAAGUAGAAAGUAGGAAGCGCGUGAAAAUUACGAACGGUGCACCGGAAUUUUUAUCUGCCCCUUCAUCAUCGUCCACAUCGUCUUCACCACCUCUGGCAGCCCCCACCCGCGGGAACGCGAGCUCGAAUAGCAUGACAAACCUACUCGACCUGGCAGUGAAACUGGCGCGCCGGGAAGACGAAAAGAAGCGGCCAAAGUUCCAAGUUUUUGUUUCGGAUCUGGAGACGUUCAAGAACUCCGGGCGGAUGCGGCAGGGGGAG